AUGUCAUAUGCAGCUGAAAGGGGGCAGGAGAGAGUUAUCAAACUGCUUAUUGAAAAGAGCCUAGAUAUCGAGGCAACAGACAGCUCUGGCCGGUCUUUAUUGUCGUAUGCAGCUGAAAUGGGCCGCAAGAAUGUUAUGAGACUGCUUAUGGGGAAGGGCGCAGAUUUUGAGACAACAGACAGCUCUGGCCGAUCUCCACUUUCAUGGGCUGCUGAGAAUGGGCGUGAUAAUACUGUUCAAUUGCUACUUGAUAAAGGUGCAGAUAGGAACACACAGGAUAGCUCUGGCCGUUCUCCACUAUCAUGGGCUACCGAGAAUGGGCAUCAGAAUGUUAUCAGGCUGCUUACGCUGUUACCACAAGUUGACAAGCAGUCAUCUCGUCUACAUUCCCUGGUCACUCCCCUCUUUCGUCGCCCAAACACAAGAUGGCAAGUUCCUUGA